AUGAGGAAACUGGUGAAAGUUGUCAAUGAGAACAAAACUGAUCAGCGAAUAAAUGCAGUAAAACAGCUUGGUAAUUCAUAAAAGGAAACGAGUCAGGGGACCAAGGUUGAAAGAAAUAUUAGUGACAAAACUCACAUCGAAGUAAGGGAUUGGUUGAUGACUCACCUCAUCAUCGACAAUAGUGGAAGAAGUGGGGUCACUGCAAAUAUGAUUGUAACUGAAUUCAUGGCCACCGUGUAUCACCCAGGUACAGACAAAGACUUGGCUUGUUACAGAAUACUUGUAAGUAACCUCAAGAGAGCCGAGCAGUAUGGUUCUGCAGUUAUAUGGGCAUAUGACGAUUUGCACAAAAUGGUGAACAUAUACCAAGAACUGUACAAAGCCAGUUCAUGGCAGCUACCUCACAGGUUGAGCAGCUAUUCGUUUUGA